AUGGGACGGCAGAUAUGCACGCGGCUGCGCGAGCUCCCCGUCAGUCUGACGGUGAAGCGCAAGGUCCGUCAGCGGCUGGAGACUAACCUGAUGGAGCGGAAGGCGCUCGUCAAGCAGACGCGACUGAUGCGCUGGAGUGCCGACGCCGGCCGGGCUCUCGUGCUGACCAAACGGUACAUGGCCGAGGCCCACGGUCUCGUUCACAUCUGGCACGAGCAGAUGAAGACGAUCGAGGGCAACUUUGGCCAAAACGUGGGCCUCUACUUCCGCUUCAUGCGCUGGCUGCUGAUCGUCAACAUGGAGGUCCUCCUCAUCAGUUUCCUGUUCCUGGUGGUGCCCCAACUGGUGAUGACCAUCUACGAUCCCGAGGCCGCCCGUCGCAGCGCGCUGGGACUGCCGGAUCCGAUGCACGCUCGAAUGGAGAUGGAGAACAGGACGAUACCGAACCUGCACUUCUUCCUGAGUAACCUGCUCACUGGACAGGGCUGGCUGUACUCGACGCCCAUGUACUACGGCUACUACUACCGCGACUCGAUCCGCACAUCGUCCUACACGCACUACCACAUGCCGUCCGCCUAUCUGGCCAUCACCACCUUCUGCAUCACCUACCAGCUCAUGAAGCUGGCCACCAGCACGGCUCGCUCCUACCGUAAGAACUUCAUCGACGUGUCCACCGACACCAGCGGCAACGUGGCCAACCUGAUCUUCGCCGGGUGGGACGCUCGCGUCACAUCCCAGGAGUUGGCCGAGCUGAAACGCACCGGACUCUACCAGGCUUUCCAGCGGAAGCUCAAGAAGAAGGAGGAGCUGCACGCGGCCGAGCAGGCUGCUGCCGCCGGGGAGGAUCCGGCGGCGGCCGCCCAGCGCCGGCGCGCCCAGCUGUACACGGUGCUGGGCCGGCUGGCCAGCAACCUGCUGGUGGUGGCCGUGCUGGGCGCCGUGGCCGUGCUCACCUGGAACGUCAUGGGCAUGGACGCGGUACGUCCGGGGAAGGGGAGAGGGGGAUCAUAUGGGAAAGAGUGUUGA